AUGGAUGAUUUCCUCACUGGGCCGCAAGGCCUGCAGGACGCUGCGGACACGUCGGCUCCCGCCUCUCCAGGUUCCUGCAUAGCUGAUUCGUCCCGCGGCACAAUAGGGCCGACUGCCCUCUCCCAAAUCUUGGUGGAUAUUGCCGCGAUCUCCGCCAGCAUGCUGACCCGGCGAGACAAGUCCGAAAUGGUGGCAGAACUGCGGGCAGUCAUUAGGGAGGAGAUUGCUGCGGUGCGUGCGGAUCUUACCGCCCUGGAGCACCGCGUGGAUGCUCUGGACGCAGAACGCCUGCAAAAAACUCACCGGCAGCAAGCAGUGGAUAUGGCGACCAGACGGCAGGGGAACCUACUCCUGGACCUCCGCCGUCAGGUCGAAGACCUUGACAAUAGAGGACGGCUCAACAACAUCAGGGUCCGGGGGCUGCCGGAGGCGGAGGGGGAGAUGCCGCACGAGAUUCUUACCAGUCUGUUCACUCACCUGUUGGGAUAG